AGUUUUGACACAGAGCUCAGACAAGCAUUCAACAAACAAUCUUUUCCGUGACAAACAAACAUUGAGACAUGCUCUCUCGUUUCGUUCAGAAAACUCUCUACACUGUCCCCAAGAGGACUAUCUACAGUUCCGCCAGUGCCAACAUUCGCGCAUUGAAUUCCAUCCUAAAGAAGCUCGAGCUAGAAAAUGCAUCGCUGGAGAAGGGAGGCAAGGGACAUUGGAAGAUGUCCGAGGAGGGUGUCCCGUUCCGCUGCCCUGACAACAGGCUGGAGCAGGAGAACAUCAAGAGGUCGAUCGAGAAGCUGCACAACGGAACGAGAAUUCUCAUGGCCGAGACGAUCGCGGAGCUCAACAACGGGGUGAAGCCUUCGGCCAAGGAGCUCGACGCCUGGGUCCACUCCCUUGAUGCUGGAACGGACUGGUGAGGAGGAGGAAGUGAAAGGCUUGCGAUGUGUGCGAAGAGGAUUGGACGCUGUGCCAGGACGGAAGAGGCAGAGCAAUGAUAUCAUCCUCUGUUUGUGUAAAUACAUUCCGACGAUUGAGA